AAAACCGUUUUGCCACCGUGAACGACUCUCGAUGUGAAUUCCUCCAUCGCUUGGGUAGUGACGGAAUUCGAGCCGGUUCUCUCCAGCAGUCGUGGAGUUGCUCUUGUAGCAUCGAGUCGUGGAAUCGCGCUCUCUGAUCGCAAAAGAAAACCUUAAAGAAAUCUCAAAUAAUUUGGCGCCUAAUUUUUUAGCGCGCUUUUUGGGGUUUUUUUUCUCACUUCUAUUGUACCUUAUGAGGCAAUAGGAAUGUGUUUGAAAUUUCGCUUCUCGCCACACCAAUAGACAAAAAUGCUGGUGUGUAUUUCUUCGAGUUAGAGGCCCGAAAAAUUGCACCUCAAUAGGAGUUUUUGGAGUAUUUGGAGAUUUGGAAGGAAAAGUAAUAAAAAAAAGAGUAAAGUGUGUGCCAAUUUUUCAGCCAUAUGCGCGCAAAGUGAAAGAGAGUCGAAUCACCAAAUUUGUAACAUUUUUUUUUGGUAUAUAUAAUAUUUUGUUUUAUUUAGAAAGAAACAAAAAUUAUGUGAUCAGAGUGAAUUUUUUGGAUUUUAUAUUUUCUCCAAUAAAUUGUAUAUAAAAUAUAUAUGUGAGUGGCAGCAAGUUGGUGAUGUUAGAGACAGCACGGAGAAGGAGAUAGUUUGCAAUUUAUUUAAACCACACUUUAAUCAAUUAGCAACCUUCAGUGCUGAUGAAAGUAUCUUUUUAAGAGUGAACAUUUUAUUAGUAAAAAUUCGACGUGAACAAGAAAACCUCAUGAGAGGGAGCAAAUCGCUCGUUUGUGUUCGGUGCAAAACCAAAGAAUUAAUUUUUAGUGAAGAGACGCUCGGUGGAAAAUAACAAUGAAACAAGAGAAAAGUCGUAGAGAGAGAGAGAGAGUGAAUAAAUAAGUCAGAGUUAAUUGCAUUUGAGGUGUUCGGAGUUGGGUCAGCCGUAUUGUUACGUUUCUUCGAAGAAUCCACCCAACCUCUGCACAUUAAGAAAAGAGUUCUUCCACCACCCACCCGCCCCUUUUAGGUUUACUUUUUUGUUUUACAUCAAACACCCCCACCGCUGAAUGCAAGACGAAUCUACCUCAAUUUGUGCACCUGAGAAAGGGGUCUGAUAUCCAACCUCACACCACCCAAUGAACCCCAUUCAGUGACGCCAAGAGAAGCAAUCAGGAGGCCCCAGCUGGAGACAGCAAUGGAUUUGUGGCCAAACCCCGAGCAUUUGCCUUCGAACCCUCAUUCAACAUUCGGCUUCAAUUGAUAAACUCCCCGAAAGAUUACAUAAAUAUUUGAAACGAAGAGAUGAGUGAAAUGGUGAAAUUAAUAGGCCUCUUGGGUCUAUUAUCGCUGAUCACGUUCUGCUUCGGGAAAACUGAAUCGCAGCUGGGCCUCGGCAAAGCCAUCAACAUCUUCAUCCGUUACGGAUAUUUGAGCAUCUCAAUGAAAGUGAUUUCAUACAAUGACACCGAAACGUGGCUAUUCAAGGAACCCACCAAGAACAUAUUCACGGGUAUUGAGAGUCUGGAGGAACCUGCCAUUGAGGAGAAGCCGGGCGUCUUCAAUGGUGACUUCCACAUGGAAUUCUGCGACAACAAGAGACAACUCUUCCAGGCAUACUUCCGUGACUUCACCAUUGAGCGUCUCGAUCGGCCGUGGCGUGCCUUUACGGGUGGCUGGCAUCCCGAUAUAGCAGCACGAAAGCUCGGCAUCAACUCCUCCUUCAUCCACGGUGACUACUGCUAUGUCCUCAUACGGGUGUCGCGCUUUCGCGAAAGUGCCCGCCUCAGGAAGCCAAUCCCGCAGAAUCAGGUGCUGGACCCCGAAAUCUCCGAGAGAAUCCCAAGUGUGACGCCUGGCGACACGACGGCCGCUGUGCAGUUUAUGAAUAAAUUCGGCACACACUACAUCAAUAGUUACGUGACCGGAAAUUCACUAUAUCAGGUUUUUGUAUUCAACAAACGCAACUAUCAACACCUCAAGGAGCGCCUGAAGUCAAAAGGUGUUGCAGCGCUGUCUCAGAUGGACCUCUACAACUACUUUGCCCCAUGGUACGCCGAGCACCUGGGCAAGAUCAGGUGCGCCAGCGGAAACAGCACAGUGGAAAAGUGGGCCGCCCGGAAACUGAGGUUGUCCUACUACAUCUUCACCUAUGCCAGUCUCCUGAAGCUGCACGGCAAUGGGUCCCUGCUGCGUGGCAUUGACGAGCUGCUGGGCAAUGAAGCCAUCCUCCAGCUCGACCUCAAGUCCAUCAAUGUAAUCUUCAAAGAACCCGCCAAGCGGGCAUGGUUUCAGGAAAUAAUAGACAAUUAUUUGAAAUUGUGGGAAGUGAAUAUGUGAGAGGUGUGAGAGUGAUUUAGGAUUUUAUCAAUCAAAACUUUUCUCUUUCUCAAUGAAUUCCAACAAAGUCGAUUCUGCUACCGAAAUGUUGGGUCAGCAUUCCAGUCAGCAGCAGCGAGAGUGAUUGUAGUGUUUAUGUUAUUUUGUAUUAUCUUCUGUGUAUAUCAUUUUACCAAAAUGAUUCCUCCGCACUUUAAUCUACUGGACUAGAUUAGGGCAAUUAACACUGAAGACUGGAUAUGAAUGUAUAAAGAAUAAAUUUCCUAGAUGAAUAUUUUUUGCGCAUUCUUGGCUCAUCCAGAGAAGAAAAUUACGAGGAAUUUAAAUUGAUUAAAAAUCUUUUUAGUUUUUAAUGUAAAAUGUAUAAGUUUAAUAAUGCCUUUUAUGCUGUGAUAGUUUAUUAAAUAAAAUAUUUCUGUCGAGGAUACAAUUAAUUGUAAAAUUACAUAUCUCAAUUCAGUUUUAAUUAUUGAUACAUGAAUUAUUAUAAAUAGAAAUGAAAAUAGAAUGAAAAAUAAAUUUUAAAUCAAGAAAAAU